CUCAGCUCAGCAGUUUUGCCCCCGGGACAACAGUGAACUCCUGGAAGGGGCGGGACUGAAACUGGGCAACUGCUCUAACAAUUAGCGACCCCUUUCUCUCCCCACUUCCCGACUUCAGACCUUGACCUUGGGGCUCGGGGCGGGCAUGAAGCCCUCCUGGCUGCAGUGUCGGAAGGUCACGGGCGCGGGGGGUCUCGGGGCUCCCCUGCAGGGCUCGGCAGCGGCUCGGGGAGCGGCUCCAGCCCGCCGGGCAUACCUGGCCCCCCCGCCCCGGAGUAGUCUCGGCAUAAGUGGGGGCUGCCGCUCCCUGUCGUCGGGCAGCAGCACCGGUGGUGGUGCAGCCAGCGAGUAUAAGACGCACUUCGCGGCCUCGGUGUCCGACCCCGAGAGGUUCUGGGGGAAAGCAGCGGAGCAGAUCAGCUGGUACAAGCCCUGGACCAAAACGCUGGAGAACAGCCACCCACCAGCCACAAGUUGGUUUGUGGAAGGAAUGCUUAAUAUUUGUUACAAUGCUAUAGACCGCCAUAUUGAAAAUGGACAAGGAGACAAGAUUGCCAUCAUCUAUGAUAGCCCUGUCACAAACACAAAAGCCACUAUUACCUAUAAGGAAGUUUUGGAUCAGGUCUCCAAGCUGGCUGGUGUCUUGGCGAAGCACGGUGUGCAGAAGGGGGAUACCGUAGUGAUCUAUAUGCCUAUGAUACCUCAGGCAAUGUACACCAUGCUGGCUUGUGCGAGAAUAGGAGCCAUUCACAGUCUCAUCUUUGGGGGCUUUGCCUCCAAGGAGCUCAGCACCCGUAUUGAUCAUGCAAAGCCCAAAGUGGUUGUAACAGCAUCCUUUGGAAUAGAGCCUGAGAGGAGAGUAGAAUAUAUACCACUUUUAGAAGAAGCCCUGAAGAUAGGAGAGCACCAGCCUGGCAGAGUUCUCAUUUAUAAUCGACCUAAUAUGGAAACUGUCCCUCUGUCUCCAGGUCGUGAUCUCGACUGGGAUGAAGAGAUGGCAAAAGCCCAGUCACAUGACUGUGUCCCUGUUCUCUCAGAACAUCCUCUUUAUAUUCUCUACACGUCAGGAACAACUGGAUUACCUAAGGGUGUGGUAAGACCUACUGGGGGAUAUGCAGUAAUGCUGAACUGGACUAUGUCUUCUGUAUAUGGAAUGAAACCAGGAGAGGUUUGGUGGGCAGCUUCUGACCUAGGAUGGGUCGUUGGGCAUUCCUAUAUUUGCUAUGGACCUCUCUUGCAUGGGAACACAACUGUUUUGUAUGAGGGGAAGCCUGUGGGAACGCCAGAUGCCGGGGCUUACUUCCGUGUGCUCUCUGAGCAUGGAGUGGUGGCCUUGUUUACAGCACCGACUGCAAUUAGAGCCAUCCGUCAACAGGACCCUGGGGCAGCCCUGGGGAAGCAGUACUCUUUGACAAGGUUCAAAACUUUAUUUGUGGCUGGUGAACACUGUGAUGUGGAGACACUGGAGUGGUCUAAAAAUGUUUUCAGAGUACCUGUCUUGGACCACUGGUGGCAAACAGAGACUGGCUCCCCAAUUACAGCCUCAUGUAUUGGUUUAGGAAAUUCAAAAACACCUCCUCCAGGACAAGCGGGAAAAUCUGUGCCAGGAUACAAUGUUAUGAUAUUAGAUGACAACAUGCAAAAACUGAAGACCCGCACCUUGGGAAAUAUUGUGGUCAAGUUGCCUCUGCCACCUGGAUCAUUUUCAGGACUCUGGAAAAAUCAGGAAGCCUUCAAGCAUUUGUAUUUUGAAAAGUUUCCUGGUUAUUAUGAUACCAUGGAUGCUGGUUACAUGGAUGAAGAUGGCUAUUUGUAUGUUAUGUCUAGAGUUGAUGAUGUAAUCAAUGUGGCAGGUCACAGAAUUUCAGCAGGUGCCAUUGAAGAGUCGGUCCUUUCCCAUGGUACGGUAGCUGACUGUGCUGUCGUUGGCAAGGAGGAUCCUUUAAAAGGCCAUGUCCCAUUAGCGCUUUGCGUACUAAGGAAAGAAGUAAAUGCUACAGAGGAGAAAGUUUUGGAAGAAAUCGUAAAGCACGUGAGACACACCAUCGGCCCAGUGGCAGCUUUCCGACAUGCAGUGUUUGUUAAGCAGCUACCCAAGACCCGCUCUGGCAAGAUACCCCGGUCAGCUCUGUCUGCGCUUGUCAAUGGAAAGCCUUAUAAGAUAACUCCCACAAUUGAGGAUCCUCGUGUCUUUAGCCAUAUAGAAGAAAUACUGAAACAGACUUCAUGACCUUUUUUCCUCUGCAAAAAUUCGCAUAACAGUGGAGAAGAAAAGUCACUUUGGAACACAGAAAUAGGUGGAGAAUUGGAGGAUCUCUGUAGUCACUAAGCAAAGUAUUUGGGAAAUAGAGGUUAAUGAUGUAGUUGACUGGAAGAUCCUUAAUUGAUAGUAGCCUUUGGCUACUGGUUAUUUCUUAGGUCUUAGUAUUUUUUUUGUCUUUUCAUGUUUUUUUAAUGCAUUUGUGGCUUUGUUUUAAAUAAUUAUACUAACUUCUAGUACGAGCCUAAUGAAAUAGCUGUCAGAACUGAAAGGGACAUCAGAGAUCAUCUUGCCAUCCUCCCACCUCCCCCUUCUCUAAUUUUAGAUGAAGAAACUGAAGCCAAAUGUAACUUUAACCCUUCUUUCUGCCUUAUCUUCAAAUUUAACCACCCCCAUCCCUAAGAAGCUGGAAUUGUUGGGAGUUUGGCACAGGAAUAGAAGUGGAGGACUUAUUUUAUGUGACAAAUUAACCGUAGAAAGAGUAGGACAAUCAAGAUGGCAUGGAAUUAGAUUAUUGCUUAAAGGAUAUUAUAAGGAGAUUUAAAGCUGGAUGAGACCUCAGAGACCUCGUCCCUUUACUCAUUUUAUUGAUGAGGCAACUGAGUCCACAGAAGAUAGGUGACUUGCCCAACGUCCCACAGAGAAGAGUGUCAGAAAUGUGACUUGAACCCAAAUCUUUGGCCUCAUGAAGCAAUGCCCUGUACCAUGGUGCUUCCAAUUAUGCUAAAAGUAAAAUGGACCAAGUGAGACUUCAUCAGUAAGUUCAUUCACACUGACCUAGAACGGAUAAGAUAAUGGAGUUUUCCAAUGAACUGAAAUUUCUGAUAAACCCAAUUUUGAACAAACUAGUAAGCCCUGAAAUAUAGUUACUCCCCAUAAAGUGUGUGUAGUAAACUGUAUUGUGUAUAAUUACAUUGUGGAGGAUUCACAAGGUACUUCAGGACCUUUCAGUACCUCUGGCUCAGGAGAAUGAAUUAUGACCUAUGUACAAUGCUGUAGUUUUAUUAAAAAAAAAAACAACAUAGCAGGGAUUUAGACUCCUAAUGCUUUAGAAUUGGCUAUUUGAAUAAAUAUGUCAGCUUAUUUACUUGUCUUUUAUAUCUCUUAAAAUUAGUGUGUACCGCGCAAAGGGAAAAAUAUGGACUUUAAGCUUUCAGAUUGUAGGGAAAAUGCAGAGUUACUAUGUAAGAAGCACUUAGUUUAAAUUUUCUCCAUUAACAGAUGCAAAGAGGAAUAAUGUGGUUUGCCAGUUUUUCAAUUGAUUCAAUGUAUAGGAAAUUAUAUUAGCUUACCUUGGAAUUUUAAAGGAAGAAGCUUUUUUUUUUUUUGGCCAUUUCAUGUAAUUAUUUCAGCUGUAAGUCCCAACAGAUUUAAAAGUCAAUAAUGUCUUUAAAGUCAAUAAUGUCUUUAUGUCUGGGGGAAAAAAGUUAUCUUGUGUCCUUUUUUUUUUUCCUUAAUGUAGUUACAUUGAUUAAAAUGGAGAAUUCUAUUGGAGAUUCAAUUUCUCCAUGCAAGCACCCAGCUUCCAUCUGGUGAAUAGUCACAGCAAGACAGAGAGGAUGAGCAGACCAAUGAUAAUAUAAAGGUACAUUGGCAAAGUUUCAUUUAGUACUUAAAGAUGGAGGGGCCCUUUGGCUGCAGAUUCUAGUGAUGACUCAAAUCAGAGGGAUUGAAAAAUGUUAUAUCGUACUUGGGGGAGGGUGAAGAUCUAUUUUAUAAGAGCAAGAUUGAGAAGCUUUGCAUUGUUCAUUACUGUUGAAGGAAGUGUCCCCAUCAGUCAGACCCCCAAGUCCAUUGAAAUAUAUAUAGCCAUCCCUUCCACAUUGCUGGGGUUAGGGAUACCCUUGUCAUAUGGAAAAUCUGCGUAAAUGUUUUUGGCCAUCCCUUCCUACCAGAGCAGAAAUCUGAACUUUGUCUUUUAUGGUAUGUUUACAGAAUUAAAGGAUAAAUAUAUAUUAUUAUACAAUACUCUA